AAAAAGAAUGUGAAUACUCUCGAAAUUUCGCUUAUUCUUGUAAGCUUAUAAGGGCAAACAUUUCCUUUUACGUCGUUAUCGAAACAAAAUGACGAUAAUAAUUUCGAAAUGAUCAAGAAUUUUCGUAUGACUUUAAUUGUAGUGUCUUCUUGUAUGAGUAUGUAUUUAUCCUCUUAUCGUCACAGCUAUGUCAAUAAUCGACGUAGGUACCAAGAUAAAAUAUGAAUUGCUGAAAAAUAUAACUGAUAAUAUUCGUUUCAGAACUACUAAACGCUCAAUAGAGUUGAACGGUUUCAGCAGUGACAUGUCAAUUCCGUAUUUGCAAUACUCGUGAGUCAUCGCAUUUUUUUAAGAUUAAACUUACGAGUGCUACAUAAAAUCCAAAUAGUAUCAAUGUGUUUAUGCGAAUCUCAAGAAAAUUACAGUACGACAUUACAUUGGGAUUAAAUGAUUAAUUAAUAGUACUACAAAUUCUCUACUGAAAAAGCAAAUGUCACGAUUUUCGUCUUACGCAUAUAUAAAUCGAGUCUUUAUUAGACAUGGGCUCCGUUCAUAUAUAUUAAGAUGUUCAUGCGCGCGAGAGCCAGCGAGCCAGCUCACGUCUACACGCACAACGAUAAAUGAUAAGAGAGUGAAUAAAAGUCAGCAUCUCUUUUCGGAAUCGUGUUAAACGGCACACGGCCUUUCGACCAUCAACGUUGAUUUAUUCAUGUUGAACACAAAUGUAAAUGUAAAGCACAAAAGUGUCAGUGUGUUUAUAGUGUGUGUCUGAUAAGUUUUGUUUUUACUGACUGUUUCAAUUAAAAGUAUGCAUCGUAAUUACUUCAUAUCGCACAAAUUUUAUUUCUUCGCUGUCGGCCAGUUUUUGAUCUGCAACACUAUUUUCAAUGUUAGUGCACAUCCUGGAAUUGACAAUAGUUAUAAAAAUAACUUGCACAGUUAUAUAGAAAAAAAAGAAAAUUUGACCUUGACUUUAGAAGAUAUAUUUCCUAACUACAUUGUUACAAGUGAAUUUUGCGAUGACGAUUCGUGCAAACAAAGCUACGAGGUGGCUAAUUAUCCUUACGAACAGAUUACAGAUGUGUUCCCGGAAGUUUCGAAGCGAUUGUGGGAACACACUGAGACAAGUACGUUUAUCAUAACAAAUCGUGGACGAGAAGAAGACGAGGAUGAACGGACAGAGGUUUUAGCCAACAAUGCCAGUUUUCGGAUGCAAACGUCUGUUAUGGAGCAUGCACCUGAAACAAACGUAUACCAAGUGAAUUUUUCACGGGUUCCGGCUUACGGUUAUUCGGAUACAACGAAGACAAGUAAAUGUAUUGAAGUCCGUCAAACAAUUAUGCCGCUGAAAGGGAAGUCUCAUGGUAGAGAGUAUUAUAUCACAAAUAUUAAAACUUACUCGCAAACACUUACUAUCAUAAAGUGUUUUCGAGUUGGUAUUAACUGUGGAAAUAAAAGUCUAGAUCCCGAAAACAUAACUUUCAAUUGUAAACAAGAAUAUGAAGAUGCCGAGUUGUCAUCUUUUCCGGUUGGUGAAAGUAUCUCAUUAGAAUCUCAUCGAAAGAUACCAUUUAAAGUGCCGAAAGGUUGCACCUGCAGUAUGACUUGGCUAUGAUAAAUAUCUUACGGUGUACUAAAUAAAAGAUUCUUCAAACGGUAUUUGUAGCUCCUGGCAGCUACUAUUUUCAAGUAUAUCUUAGCAAAGUUCGAAUCAAUAAUACGAAUUUUUACUCUCGGAAAAUUGGUUACAAAUACGUUAACAAUAACAAAUUAUAAUUUUAUACAUUUUUUAUUGUUCUCUGGAAAAAGAGUCAACUAAGUUCAUACCCAACCGUUGCUAUCCGUUACGUAAUCGGUAUGAAGAUUUGAUAAAGAGAUGAUUAUUCAAGAAAAAAAUUCUAGAAACAUUUAUUGCAGCUUAUAUAUCUUAUAGGUCUAUAAGUUUAAAAUGUAUAAGUAUUACAACAAAUUAAUUAGUAGAUAUUCCCUAGAAUUUGUUUGGCAAUUGUGAUAUACAUUUUCACCAGUAGCGUUAUAUAAUUUUAUACAAUUAACUCAUUGUAAGAUUGUACAUAUACUAAUUUCAAUUAGAAAUUAUUAUUAUCAUGAUAUAUAUUAUGAUACACACAAAGUAUAAAUAAUUGAAUAAAACAGAUCUAGUAUUUAAGCAAUAAACUCAUGA